AUGCCCUUGCUGUGGCUGAGAGGACUGCUGCUGGCCAGCUGCUGGCUGGCACUGAGGGGCUCGCCCACGCCGGGACCCGAGGGCCACGGCGCAGCCCCCGCCUGCCCGUCCUGCGCGCUGGCCGCGCUCCCGAAGGACGCCCCCAACUCUGAGCCCGACAUGGUGGAGGCCGUCAAAAAGCACAUCCUCAACAUGCUGCACCUGAAGAAGAGGCCCGAUGUCACCCAGCCCGUGCCCAAGGCGGCGCUUCUCAACGCCAUCCGCAAGCUUCAUGUGGGCAAGGUGGGGGAGGACGGGUACGUGGAGAUCGAGGACGACAUCGGCAGGCGGGCAGAAAUGAAUGAACUCAUGGAGCAGACCUCGGAGAUCAUCACGUUCGCAGAGUCAGGCACAGCCAGGAAGACGUUGCACUUUGAAAUUUCCAAGGAAGGCAGUGACCUGUCGGUGGUGGAGCGUGCAGAAAUCUGGCUCUUCCUAAAAGUGCCCAAGACCAACAGGACCAGGACCAAAGUCACCAUCCGCCUCUACCAGCAGCAGAAGCACCCCCAGGGCAGCUUGGACGCUGGGGAGGAGGCGGAGGAGGUGGGCCUGAAGGGAGAGAGGAGUGAACUGCUGCUGUCUGAAAAGGUGGUGGAUGCCCGGAAGAGCACGUGGCACGUCUUCCCUGUCUCCAGCAGCAUCCAGCGGUUGCUGGACCAGGGCAGGAGCUCCCUGGACGUCCGGAUUGCCUGUGAGCAGUGCCCUGAGAGUGGGGCCAGCCUGGUGCUCCUGGGCAAGAGGAAGAAGAAGGAGGAGGAGGGGGACGGGAAGAAGAAGGAUGGAGGUGACGGAGGGGUGGCAGGAGACGAGGAGAAAGAGCAGUCGCACAGGCCUUUCCUCAUGCUGCAGGCGCGACAGGCUGAGGACCACCCUCACCGCCGGCGCCGGCGGGGCCUGGAGUGCGAUGGCAAGGUCAACAUCUGCUGCAAGAAACACUUCUUCGUUAGCUUCAAGGACAUCGGCUGGAAUGACUGGAUCAUCGCUCCCUCUGGCUACCAUGCCAACUACUGCGAGGGGGAGUGCCCGAGCCACAUAGCGGGCACGUCCGGGUCCUCACUGUCCUUCCACUCGACGGUCAUCAACCACUACCGCAUGCGGGGUCACAGCCCCUUCGCCAACCUCAAAUCGUGCUGUGUGCCCACCAAGCUGAGACCCAUGUCCAUGCUGUACUACGAUGACAGUCAGAACAUCAUCAAAAAGGACAUUCAGAACAUGAUCGUGGAGGAGUGUGGCUGCUCGUAG